UGUCAAAGGGGUCCUGGACAGCAGUGACAGCCACGCCUUGGCUCCUGAACCCCUUCAAAUGUGGCUGGGUAUGACGGCCACCCGCGGCCGGCGGGACAGGGCGCCCUUUUGUUUGUUACUAUUUGUACAGAUGUUGGGGUCGCACUCGUUUCCCGGGCUAGUCUCGAACUCCUGACCUCAGGAGAACCUCCUGCCUCGGCCUCCCAAAACGUGGGCUCAUAGGCGACGGUCACCGCGCUGGCUGCCCGCCCGCCCUCUGGAUUUUGUCCCGUCUUCCGAUCUUCCAGCAACCAGCAAGUGUAAACAGAGCAGCUCACAUAAAGUCAGAAGUCGCCCAGGAAACGUCCUCUGGGAGGGACGGGAAGGGCAGCCUGGCGCUCCCAGGAUCCCGUGCGCUGAGAGGGCGGGGCGGGGCGCGACGUCAUCAGCGGGCGCGGAGCCUGAAGUGUUGUGGCCGCCGCCGCGUGUCGCGGAGGCAUGUGUGGAGCCCCGGCGGAGGGAGAGUCGCGGGUGAGACUCUGCGGGGCCCAGGAUGGCAGGGCGAGGGUCCUUGGCACUUGCUAGAUAUUAACACCAUGAGCUUCGUGGCAUACGAGGAGCUGAUCAAGGAGGGUGACACAGCCAUCCUGUCACUGGGCCAUGGUGCAAUGGUGGCAGUGCGUGUGCAGCGUGGGGCACAGACCCAGACCCGGCAUGGUGUCCUGCGACACUCAGUUGACCUUAUCGGCCGCCCCUUCGGCUCCAAGGUGACUUGUGGCCGAGGUGGCUGGGUGUACGUGCUGCACCCCACGCCUGAGCUCUGGACACUGAACCUGCCACACCGCACGCAGAUCCUCUACUCCACGGACAUUGCCCUCAUCACCAUGAUGCUGGAGCUUCGGCCCGGCUCUGUGGUCUGUGAGUCUGCAGAGAGAGUUGCCCCUUCUGGAGAGAGGCCAAGACUACCCCGGGGAGCUGUUGCAGGUUGCAAGCCUUCCCCAUCCUCAUCCAUGAUCAGAUCUUCACCUGCCACCAAUGAAUGCACAGGCAGUGGCUCUGUGUCCCACGCCAUCAUCCGCACCAUUGCACCCACGGGCCACUUGCAUACGGUGGAGUUCCACCAGCAGCGGGCAGAGAAGGCACGGGAGGAGUUCCAGGAGCACCGCGUGGGCCGCUGGGUGACCGUGCGCACGCAGGAUGUGUGCCGCAGCGGCUUUGGCGUGAGCCACGUGGCUGAUGCUGUCUUCCUGGACAUCCCGUCACCCUGGGAGGCCGUGGGGCACGCCUGGGAUGCCCUCAAGGUGGAAGGCGGGCGCUUCUGCUCCUUCUCACCGUGCAUCGAGCAGGUGCAGCGCACGUGCCAGGCGCUGGCGGCGCGCGGCUUCUCAGAGCUGAGCACCCUGGAGGUGCUGCCGCAGGUCUACAACGUGCGCACCGUCAGCCUGCCACUGCCCGACCUGGGCUCGGGCACAGAUGGCCCUGCCAGCCCCGACACCAGCCCCUUCCGCAGCGGCACGCCCAUGAAGGAGGCCGUGGGCCACACCGGCUACCUGACCUUUGCCACCAAGACCCCAAGCUAGGGGGCUGCCACCCCGGGCAUCAGCGAGCUGGGAGCAUGGAAGGGCUGGGCAGGGAGGCCAGAGGCACCUUAUAUGGUCGGCGCCUGCUAGACACAGAUGGUGGGGCGGGGUUUCAGGGCCUCCUGGGUGGCCAGAGUUUGGGGGCAGGAGGGGCGGCUGUGAUGAAGGAGCAGAGCCGGGGCUGGGCCUCGGCCUUUCUUGUCUAGCCCCGCGGCCUGUCCGAGCUGCUGUUUGUUGCCAGCAUGAAGUCUCCACUG